GGCACCCGCCGCUAGGCUUGUGUGCGGGCGAGCGGCGGCAGCAGCGGUGACUGAGGAAGAGGAAGAGGAGGAGGAGAAGGAGAAAGAAGAAGAAAAGGAUCGGAAAGGCGAGGCAGCGCGGCGCUGCCGGGGUGAUGGUGCAGGUGCCUGGGGCCGGCACCGUGCUGCCCCAUUGAGGGGCGCCCGUUCUGGUCCGGGUCCGCAGCAGCGCCGCCGCUGCCGCCGCCGCGUCGCUCCCGGGGGCGGGCUGGCUGGCGGACGAGCGGGAAGAUGCUGAGCAGGUUGAUGAGCGGCAGCAGCAGGAACCUGGAGCGCGAGUACAGCUGCACCGUGCGGCUCCUGGACGACAGCGAGUACACCUGCACCAUCCAGAGAGAUGCCAAAGGCCAGUACCUGUUUGACCUUCUUUGCCACCACUUGAACUUACUUGAAAAAGACUAUUUUGGAAUCCGUUUUGUGGACCCUGAUAAGCAGAGGCAUUGGUUGGAGUUUACAAAGUCUGUGGUGAAGCAAUUGAGAUCCCAGCCUCCAUUCACCAUGUGUUUCCGAGUGAAGUUUUACCCUGCAGACCCGGCUGCCCUGAGAGAGGAAAUAACUAGGUAUUUAGUCUUCCUACAGAUCAAAAGAGAUCUCUACCAUGGCCGCCUCCUCUGUAAGACAUCGGAUGCUGCUUUGCUAGCAGCCUAUAUACUUCAAGCUGAGAUUGGGGAUUAUGACCCAGGGAAGCAUCCAGAGGGCUACAGCUCCAAGUUCCAGUUUUUCCCUAAACAUUCAGAGAAGCUGGAAAGGAAAAUUGCUGAAAUCCACAAGACUGAACUCAGUGGUCAGACACCGGCAACAUCAGAGUUAAAUUUUUUGAGAAAAGCCCAGACUUUGGAAACCUAUGGAGUUGAUCCUCACCCAUGCAAGGACGUGUCGGGGAACGCAGCGUUUCUGGCCUUCACUCCCUUUGGGUUUGUGGUUCUGCAGGGCAACAAGAGAGUUCACUUCAUAAAAUGGAAUGAGGUGACCAAGCUGAAAUUCGAAGGAAAGACUUUCUAUUUAUAUGUAAGUCAGAAAGAGGAAAAGAAAAUUGUUCUUACAUAUUUUGCUCCAACACCAGAAGCCUGCAAGCAUCUCUGGAAAUGUGGAAUAGAAAACCAAGCCUUCUACAAGUUGGAGAAGUCGAGCCAGGUCCGCACCGUCUCCAGCAGCAACUUAUUCUUCAAAGGGAGCCGGUUCCGAUACAGUGGUCGAGUGGCAAAGGAAGUGAUGGAAUCUAGCGCCAAGAUCAAAAGAGAGCCACCAGAAAUACACAGGGCCGGAAUGGUUCCCAGCCGGAGCUGCCCUUCCAUCACCCACGGGCCCAGGCUGAGCAGCGUCCCCAGGACCCGCCGAAGAGCCGUGCACAUCUCCAUCAUGGAAGGUCUGGAAUCCCUCCGGGACAGUGCGCACUCCACCCCAGUUCGGUCAACCUCCCACAGCGACACCUUCCUGCCUCAUGUGCGGAGCGGCCGGGCAGACAGCAGCGAGCGGGUGGCCGUGAUAGCGGACGAGGCCUACAGCCCGGCAGACAGCGUGUUGCCCACCCCGGUGGCAGAGCACAGCUUGGAGCUGAUGCUGCUCUCCAGGCAGAUCAAUGGGGCCCCCUGCAGCAUUGAAGAGGAGAAGGAAUCGGAGGCCAGCACCCCAACCACAGCAGAAGUGGAAGCACUGGGGGGCGAGCUGAAGGCCCUGUGCCAGGGCCACAACAGGCCAGAGGCAGAACAGUGUGGGCAUCUGAAGGGGCCAUCGAAACAGCAGCAGCAGCAGCAGCAGGGGUAGGGUAAGUCUGUUCCCUUAGACUAGAGCCUGGUGCACACCAGGGUGUAUCUUGUCACAUGAACUCAGUCAUCUGUGGAUUUUUUUUUCCAAGCUUCAAGCCUUUUUUAUUGGUCCAAAGGUAUUAAAGUACUAAAGCAAAUGAAGUUACUGGCCAAGGAUUGCCCAUUCAGGAAUUUCAGACAAAAGUAGAGGUAGCAGCAACCACAGCUUAGU